GCUGACUCAGACUCCACUUCUGUAGUAUGCCCUACGCAGGUUUGGAUGCCAUGAUGGUGAGCAGAAUCCAGAAACCCUGCAUUGUGAACAUGUCCUCGGCACACUGCUCAGACAUUACUUGCACCAAAGUUCCCGAAAACAAAGACAGGUACUGUAUGUGUCAAAAAUGUGUAAUCAUGAUGAUUUAGGCUACAGUCUAUGAAAAUGUAUUAAUUAUGUCAUUACUGAAAGUUUGCAUUGUUUAAAUACAUAGUUAAUUAUCAAUAGAUGUAUUAUCAUUUUGCAUGUUGACAAUUUGUUGUGUUCAGUAAAUCAUGCAUUUUAUCAACAUGUACACACUAUAACUGUAUUUCAUACUAAGCUCAGAGCUAGUGGAUACUUCCAACGUCCAAUGUUAUAUGCCUAGCCCCGCCCACCUCUUUUACUCAUUUUCUGCUCCAUGGAUACUACACUCUGCUCCAUUCAUUUUUAGUGUAUCAUAAUCCUAUUGAGUUCUAGUGUCCUUUGUGAUUACUCCCACAUACCAAUGACGUGUUGGCCCUCCAGCGACAUGACAAAUAAAGAGGAGGGUGUGGCCUAAAAGCAGAGAACAGAUUUCAGCAUGCAACAAGUCAACUUGGAAAUUUCCGAGAAUCUGGAACGACACCGGACAGAUGGCUUCAGCGGCUCCAAUGCUCUGGUGGUCCGAAGAGGAGAGCUGUUCAGAGUCAGCAUGCAGCUGAAGGCUCGACCUUUUGACCCCCGCACAGACACUCUCAGGAUCAAAAUCAUGCUCGGCCGCCUGUACGUGAUCAUGCCGGUCAAUUUUUCCGCAAAGUUUUCUCUGUCCCGUUGGGCGGCCUUCAUGGACUCUGAGAGCCUAAACCCGAACAACCUCUCAAUAUUCAUCUCGGCUCCCUCCUCAGCCUCGGUGGGAUGCUACAGAUUUAAGCUGAGCGUGUUCACUCAAGACACGAUGAAGGUUUGCGCUGUCGGCAAAUUCAUCCUGCUCUGCAACCCCUGGUGUCGUGGUGAUGCAGUCUACAUUCCCUUUGAAGACCAGAGAGAGGAAUACACCCAGAAUGACUCCUGUUUGCUCUUCAUGGGGACGUCCACAAACCUUGUGUCCAGACCGUGGUCUUUAGACCAGUUUGAACCCGACGUUCUGGAGGCGUGUCUCAACCUGCUGAAUGUCAGCCCUCAGCACAAACACAAUAGAAGGGCAGACUACCUGAACCGGAGCAACCCAGUCUACAUCAGCCGAGUGGUGUCUGCCAUGAUCAACUGCGAGGACGACCGUGGAGUGCUGAAGGGCAACUGGUCAGGCGACUUCAGCGACGGAGUCCAUCCAUCCAUGUGGACCGGGAGUGGUGACAUCUUGAGGGGUUGGGCUCAGUCUGGUUACCACCCUGUCAAGUACGGCCAGUGCUGGGUGUAUGCCGCCGUUAUGUGCACGGUCAUGCGAGUCCUUGGCAUUCCUUGUCGUAUCGUCACCAACUUCAACUCGGCUCACGACACCAAUGGUAACCUGGUAAUUGAGGAGUUCUACAGCGAAACAGGCCAGAAGCUGAAGAGCACCAAAGACUCCAUUUGGAACUUCCACGUCUGGGUGGAGUGUUGGAUGACACGGCAAGAUUUGGGAGGUGGCAUGGACGGCUGGCAGGUUCUAGAUCCCACCCCUCAGGAGAGAAGCAGGGGGGUGUUCUGCUGCGGUCCUGCGCCCACCAAGGCCAUCAAGGAGCGACGCAUGGAUCUCUUCUAUGAUAUUCCCUUUGUGUAUGCCGAGGUGAAUGCCGAUGUCCACACGUUGGUGAUGAGCCAGGGUCGGGUGGUGAGCCGCAGUGUGGACACAGACAGGGUGGGACCGCUCAUCUGUACUAAAGCGGUGGGCCUCCCCAGACUGCAGAACAUCACCAGAGACUAUAAACAUAUAAAAAGCCUGACGUCAACAGUGUCAUCAAACAGGUCCUCUACGUCCGAGACCUCAACGCUAAGGAGGGGAACAAAGAGGAUGGCUGCCUUUCUGACGCUGGAUAAAACCCCUGUGGCCGGGGCAACCCUCCUCUUCACUUUGAAGGUCAUCAACAGGCAAAGCGUGGCUAAGAUGAUAAAGGUCCACCUCAAUGCUCAAACCAAAGAGUACAACCACAGCCCCUCGGAGACUUUCUGGGAGGCCCACUGUAAGAUCCAGUUGGCACCCUUGGAAGUCAAGGUCCUGAAGCAGCAGAUCCUCCCGCCCCAAUACGAGGACCUGGUGGGGGAUGACUUAGUCAACCUGGCAGCAGUUGUGGAGGACAUGGUCAGUCAGGAACGCGUGCUGGCUUUCGAGGAGUUCAACAUCGCCAGUCCGCAGCUUGUCAUCAAGAUUGAAGACGAAGAGAACGUGGUGUUGAACAAAGAGCAGGCAGCCAGCGUGACCUUUGCCAACCCCUUUUCUCAUCCUGUAAGCGGCCUGCUGAACGUGUCCGGAGGCGGCCUCGUCAAAGGUCAUGCUAACUUCAGGAUGUUUCCGUUACGUCCAGGAGAAAUAGGAGAGCAACGCAUCAACUUCCUCCCCAGCAAAACGGGAACAAAGAUGCUUCAGGCUUCCCUUGUGCUCUCUAAUAAGACCACCGUUAGGGGAUUCAAGAUGGUGACCGUCCGCCGUGUUUAGGCCUCACUUUUUCUGAUUGUCCCUUUCAAAUGUGAAUUUACAACUUGUACAUGUGAAACUGAGCUUUAUGAUUGCCUCAAAGUGAUAUUUUGAUUCAGAAUUAAACA